UUAUUGCUUAUGGUAUUAUUGUAGGAACAUUGUUGGCAUUAUACAGUAACCAAGGCCCUCUGGGAUGAACGGAACGCCACCUCCGCCGCCGCUUGACCGGGACGAGCACGGGUUGAAACUCGGCGAAAGCUUUGAGAAGAGGCCACGCUCCUCCUUCCACACCGUACGCUAUGAUUUCAAGCCAGCGUCCAUAGACACUUCUUGUGAGGGUGAACUUCAAGUCGGCAAAGGAGAUGAAGUGACAAUUACAUUGCCACACAUCCCAGGUUCUACACCCCCCAUGACAGUAUUCAAGGGAAAUAAGCGUCCAUAUCAGAAGGACUGUGUGCUUAUUAUUAACCAUGAUACUGGUGAAUAUAUGCUUGAAAAACUGAGUAGCAGUAUACAGGUCAAGAAAACCAGAGCUGAAGGCAGCAGCAAGAUUCAGGCUCGGAUAGAGCAGCAAUCCGCCCGUUCUCAGUCUACCUCCCAGUUCAAAACCCCAUCAAAACUGGCUGCUGGGCCUAAAACCUCUCCUGUGAAAGAUCAUCCUUCUCCUGAACCACAGCUCGAUGAUAUUAAAAGAGAACUCAGAGCUGAGGUGGAGAUAAUUGAGCAGAUGAGCAGCAGUAGUGGCAGCAGCUCCUCGGAAUCAGGGAGCUCUUCAGGGUCUGAUGAUGACAGCUCUAGCAGUGGGGAAGAAGAUGACACACGCACAUCACCUACGCAGCAGCCGCCACCACCACAGCAGUACAGCGGCAGGACGCCUGUUUCCAAUGGUACUAGCAGACCCCAGGGAGCUAAUCAGCUCAUGAACACGCUACGGAAUGACCUCCAGUUAAGCGAGUCUGGAAGUGACAGUGAUGACUAAAGGAAAAAAAAUCAUCAUUUUCAUGUAUAUAUAA